AUGCGCACCCGCAACAUCGUGGCCCUGGCUGCCAUCGCCCUCUUCUGGAUCGUCUUCCUCUUCCGGCGGCACAUCCAUGAGCUGGGCGAGAUUGCCCUGACAUACAGCACCUUUUACCCGCUGCUGCACAAGCACCCCGACAUCCUCUAUCGCCACCCGGAGAACGUCACGGAGCUGUCGUCCGAGGCAUCAACGUCGACGCUGCCGCCCGUCGUCGUGCCCAAGAUCAUCCACCAGAUCGCCCUGGGCAACGCCAGCGUCGCCAA